AGAUGACAACUUGAUUUGGAAGAGGUAUCAGAGAAGCAGAGAUAGAAAUCUUGGAAAUGGGAAGGUACACUAUCAAAUUCCUGCUGAAGAAGUGUCAUAUCUCCAUGGCCAACGCACUCAGAAGAGUUAUGAUCUCAGAUGUUCCCACUAUGGCGAUAGACUUGAUCUAUGUGAAUGAAAAUACUAGUGUACUUCAUGAUGAAUUUCUAGCCCACAGACUCGGACUCAUUCCUUUUAAGAGUGAAUGCAUAGAUGAUUAUGAGUUCUUCAGACAAUGCUCAUGUAAGCCAUCUUGUCACAAGUGCAGUAUUGAGUUUAACCUCAGAGAGAUAGCUCUAGAUGAAGUGAAGGACAUUACCACAGACCAUAUCAAUGCGAUUAAGCCUGACUGUGUGAUCAAACCCACCAAGUAUAUCAGUGACCAAGGCACUGAAGAAGAUCCCAUUCUGAUAGCCAAGCUUGCCAAGAACCAGAAGAUAGACAUUCAAUGUGUUGUGAGAAAGGGAACAGGGAGAGAGCAUGCAAAAUGGUCUCCAGUGUCAACAGUCAAAGUCCAGCAAGUCCCAAUCAUUGAAAUCAGUGAAGAUCUAAAUGACAUCCUUGACGAUGAUGAAAAGAAGGGACUUGUCAAUUCUUGUCCAGCUGCAGUCUACAAGAUGAACAAUCAGAAGCAAACUAUCGAAAUAGAGGAUCCUACUAAUUGCAUGCAGUGCCAAGAAUGUUCAAUCUACUGAGAUAGCCUUAACAAGAAAGAGAACUUGCUAACUGUAGAUGAAGAUGAGAGCAACUUUAUUUUCAAUAUUGAAAGCACAGGAGCGAUCCCACCUGAAGAAAUUGUUUCCAAGGCUAUUACUAUCCUUGCUGAAAAAACUAGUGAACUUGCUGUUGCUGCAGGACAGUGCAAAGAUAGCGACUAA